AAAGGCUGCGGUCAUAACGUGACAGCAGGCAGCUGGAGCCAAACAGAGCGGCGGCGCACAGGCGAGCUCCUCAUCCCACCAGGCUGUGAUGCGCACGGGUGACGCCGCGCUCCUGUAGUCCGCACACAAGGCGAAGACGUGGGAUCGGUCCCUGCCUGCCUGCUGCGCCUCAUCUGGAACAGCGUCGGGGAAAAGCCCGCAAUUUCAUAAGCGACUGCCGUCCGUGUGCGAGUGCGUGUGUGUGUGCGAGAGAAAGAGAGAGAGAGAGAGUGUGUGUGCUCGGGAAUUUUUAUUUUUUUAUUUUUUCAGGCGAUCGUUGUUGAGACUAAUCCGUUUUUAAGGUGAACGUUUCCAUCGGAGGAAGGAGAGGGGUUGGUUCCUGGACUUUGCUGAAGGCAGAGCUGCUCAAAUCCGACAGAGAACCACCGAAUCUAGGCUUUAAUCAGGAAUCAUGGGAAAGCAAAACAGCAAGCUGACUCCGGAGGUGAUGGAGGACCUGGUGAAGAACACAGAGUUUAACGAACACGAGCUGAAACAGUGGUACAAAGGCUUCCUGAAAGACUGCCCCAGCGGCCGGCUGAACCUGGACGAGUUCCAGCAGCUUUAUGUCAAGUUCUUCCCGUACGGCGACGCGUCGAAAUUCGCAGAGCACGCCUUCAGGACCUUCGACAAAAACGGAGACGGCACCAUCGACUUCCGAGAGUUCAUCUGCGCCCUGUCCAUCACCUCCCGCGGCAGCUUCGAGCAGAAACUCAACUGGGCCUUCAACAUGUACGACCUGGACGGCGACGGCAAAAUCACCAGAGUGGAGAUGCUGGAGAUAAUCGAGGCGAUCUACAAAAUGGUGGGCACGGUGAUCAUGAUGAAGAUGAACGAGGACGGCCUGACACCGGAGCAGAGGGUCGACAAGAUCUUCAGCAAAAUGGAUAAGAACAACGACGACCAGAUCACGCUGGAGGAGUUCAAGGAGGCGGCGAAGAGCGACCCGUCCAUCGUGCUCCUGCUGCAGUGUGACAUGCAGAAGUGAAGCCCCCCCCCCCCCCUACCAUACUCACUCCCCCCACCCCCUCCUGCUUGCGCCUCUUUCUCUCCACCCCACCGUCUGUAUCCACACUCUCUGGACAGCAGCACACGUUUUAAUGUCUCAUUAGGUUCUCUGCCAUUUCCACAGGGGGAGGGGAAGAAGUAAAAAAAAAAAAAAAGAUCCCAACAUAAUAAGAAAAACAAAAUGCUUGGACUAUUUUUCAAUGGACUUGCUUCUUGUGGUCGUAUGCAUGAGAAUGUCAAAUGCAGAAUAAUUUUGAAAAAUAGCUAUAUCACAGAUUUCUAUUUCCAGACAUGCCAAUGUGAUUCGUGCACAAUAACCCUGUACAUUCUCAUCCAACCUUUAGCUUGUAUAACAGUGGAGCACUGCAUUCGGUUUUGUUUCUGCAGUAUUUAGACCCCCCCUCCCUCCCUCCCUCCCUCCCCCCCAGUGUUCACUGCUGCAACUACUGUAUGCUUUACAUGAUAGUAACGAAUCGAUAAUUCCUAUGAUAAUUGUAACUGUCUCUACUAUCCAGACUUGUUGAGCUCUCGGAGAAUAGAAAAAGACUCCUGUCUGUUCCAGAUGUUCUCACUCAGUGGAACCAAGAAGAGUAGGUUCUUUGCAUGCAUAUAUUACGUGUCGGAAAAAAAAAAUAAUAUAUAUAUAAUCUCUUAACUUUUUUUUUUUUUUUUUUUUUGCAUCUUUAGGUGGCUAUAAAAAGACAAAUCGAAAACUCAUUUAGUAUUGUUGCAUGGGCUGUACAGUAUGUGACGCAUUAUAUCAUUAGUUCACCCCCGGUAACGUGGGAGCAUGCUUUCCACCCCCCGCCCCCCUCCCCCAAAACCCACCCACCCACCCACCCCUCCUUCCAUCCGAAAAGCGUUUGUGACAGUAGAGUUGUCGGAAAGGUGUUCAGGCCGUAGCCGUGGGUUGAAGAGGUUUCACGUCGACACGCUGCGCCGUGUUUCGGCUUCGGUGACUCGCGGCGUUGAGCAUAAAAAUGUUCUCGUGCGGACAUGAUUUUUCCUUUUGAUCACAUCACAGGCCUACUGCUGCCCUUUCACAAGAAAGGUCAAAGUCCCCGCCCUCAUUACACCGAUAAUUGGCUUCUCUUUCAGGCUGCGUGUUUUGAUUUAAACUUGAAGAAAUAAUAAUGAUUUAAAAAACAUAAAAAAAGGAAAAAAAAGGGGGUAUAACUUUAACCAACUUACAUAUCAACAUGUUUACAGAAACAAAGAGCACUGCGAAAUUCUCGGCUUUUGGGUCCGCUGCAGGGAGCUCGCUCUCAAGGCUUAGGGAGCUUGUGAGGGCGGCUCCACGUUCGAUGCAGCUAACGACGACGACGACGACAAAAGCCUCAUCUAUGUUUACUGGACCUACUGCAUUCCUUUGUGUAGAACUUUUUUGUAAGGAGAACGCCUUUAAUCGAAAAAGGUCUCAUCUUGUAUUUGAGCCGUUCGCAGCGAUCAGUAAGGACGCGGGAACCUCAAAGAGGCGCAUGAUGACGUUUCUUACACUGUGAGACGGUCGCGUUAGGUUACUGCAGAAAUAUUUUUUCUUUUCGAUAGUUUGAACCACCCCCCCCCCACCCCCCCUCCUCUCCCAGCCCUCCUCCUCUCAUGUGUAGGCUAUGCAAGCACGGACGGAGAGUACGCUUGUCGUCCACUUGCACAAGUGGAAGUUGCAGAAGAAGCUUUCCAUUGUUUGUUUUUUUUGUUUUUUUUGUCUGGAGCAUAAAUGAAGCCCACCCUCACAUCUUCAGUGACCACGUUAUUCCUACAUUUUAGUCCAGACACCAGGUCAGAUUAUUAUUUUUUUUCUUCUUUUUGUCAAGUAAAUGUUUCUAUCAGAUCUGAAAAGUCAUUAUACAACUGACUGUAUUCUUUUAUACACGUGGCAUGUGUUGCACCCAAACUCAGUUCUGUAGUGUUUAAAAUGAAUAAACCAUCGACAGGCUUUUUGGAAACACA